AUGGCUAUCAGCAAUGGUAACAAAAGGACCCAUCCACUGCAGCCGCUCUCGGAUGUAGAGAUCUCGAGAGCCAGAGAGAUACUGCUGCAGGAGCAUGGUGAUGAUGCGCAGCUCUUCUUUCGCUCGACCCACCUCGAGGAGCCCGCGCGAGCUGAUCUCGUGAGAUUCCUGGUUGCAGAGCAUGGCGACCAUGAGACUGCCGAGGCGGCACUCGAGGCUAGUCUGCCUCGUCUCGUUCGAUGCUCAUACGACGUGAUCAGGGCAACAAAAGACCACCAGCUUACGGAUGCUGUCGUCGAUUUACACUCUGGGACUGUUGUCCGUAAAACAGAACACCCGGCCGCCUCUCAGAGCGGUUAUACGAUGCCUGAGUUUGCUGCUUUUCAGGAUGUCUGCGUUUCCUCCAAUAUGUUCAAGGAGGCCCUCGAGGAGUUUGACAUCCCGCCAAAUUUCACGAUCUCGAUAGACCCUUGGCCCUAUGGCGGUCUUGACCCAGAUGAAGAUGUACCCCGCUACAUGCAAGGCCUGGUCUUCGCUCGUGAUGCAUCCAAAGAGAACCUGGACUCAAACCACUACGCCUACCCCCUUCCAAUAAUCCCGGUCAUGGAUUUUGUUCAUAAGAAAAUGAUUCGGAUUGACCGACUUGCGACGGGAGGCAGUGGUGAUCCCCUGACGCCGCCCGACAGGGGAACUACGCCAAAGAAAUUGUUCUCCAAAUCCAAGGCAGCGGAAUACGUCCCAGAGCUCCUAGACCGGCCGUUACGGACUGAUAUGAAGCCCAUCAACAUUGUGCAGCCCGAAGGUGCCUCGUUUACGGUCCAAGACGAACAUCUCGUUGAGUGGCAAAAGUGGCGAUUUCGGCUUGGUUUCACUCCCCGAGAAGGCGCAGUCCUGCAUGACCUGUGUUAUGAUGGGCGGCCCAUUUUUCUUCGACUCUCUUUCUCUGAAAUGACGGUCCCAUAUGGUGAUCCACGGCCUCCCUUCCAUCGUAAGCAGGCUUUCGACUUUGGCGAUGGAGGGUGCGGGCGUGCGGCGAAUAACCUCAGCUUGGGAUGCGACUGUCUAGGCGCAAUCCACUACUUUGACGCGUGGGUAGCGAACUCGGAAGGAAAGCCCACUCUGGCAAAGAACGUGGUCUGCUUGCAUGAACAGGACAACGGUAUUGGUUGGAAGCAUACAAAUUUCCGCACGGAUCGGGCUGUGGUGACACGGUUGAGAGAACUUGUGGUGCAAUUUAUUGUGACACUAGCAAAUUACGAGUAUGUAUUUGCAUACAAGCUCGACACGGCUGGAGGCAUCACCCUAGAGACCAGAGCUACAGGCAUUGUCAGCGUGGUGGCCAUUGACGACGGCAAGACCAGUGCAUAUGGCAAUGUCGUCGCCCCAGGAGUACUCGCACAGAACCACCAGCACAUAUUUGCAGUGCGCAUGGAUCCUGCCAUGGACAGCUACGAGGCCGGGGUGACCAACGUGGUGCUCGAGGAAUCGCACCCCUUGCCAAAGGACCCGAAGACAAACCCGUACGGGAACGGCUAUGGAAUCCGCCGGAAUCCCGUGACAAGAGCCACAUACACCGAUGCCGAACCUAAACUCAACAGGACCGUCAAGUUGGAGAAUCGGGAGAAGAAGAACGAGAUUAGCGGCAAGAACGUGGGUUACAAGUUUAUACCUAGCGCAACACAAUUGAUGCUUGCAGAUCCCGACAGUAUCCAAGCUGCACGUGCACCCUUCGCUAGACAUCAUCUCUGGGUCACGGGUCAUCGCGAUGGCGAACUAUGGGCUGCUGGCGAGUUCACUAAUCAGAGCCGAAAGGAAGUGGGAGGAGUGCAGUCUAUGGUGAAGAGGGGCGACUGGUUCGUUCAAGAAGGGAUUGAGAACUUCGGAGCCGACUGGAAGAAUGGGCCCACCAACGGAGAUGAUACAUCCGAUAAGGGACGUCUCAGUAGCCCAGUAGUGUGGAAUGUCUUUGGACUGACGCAUAAUCCCCGAGUUGAAGACUGGCCUGUCAUGCCCGUGGAGAUCCAUCAGAUCCACAUUCGACCCGCCGACUUCUUCACCAGCAAUCCAGCACUAGAUGUGCCGUCCGCCAAGAAUGACACAAGCGUGCUUGUCUCCUGUUGUGGAAAGGAAGAGCCUAAAAAGGAAGAACCCCGACCAAGUACACCACCCAAAGAAACCAAGGAGAGCAGUACUGAGGAGAGCACCCAAGCAACACCGGUCUCACAUCUGCAGGGUGCUGGACCGGACAUUAGCCCAAAGAACGUAGGCUCUCCCAAUGGGACCACCAGGGAGAAGAAGAGACUAUCCACCACCUUGACUGGUCUCUUCGGUCGCAAGAAAGGUUGA